AUGUCUGACUCAUCAUGGCACUUCGAAGCUCAACGAGGAUUCUUCUCCCACGACAAUGAUCCCGAGAUAUGGAAGUUUAGAGCUGUCACCCAGCCGAGCCUGGGACUGCUCGGCCGAUCAUAUCCCACCGAUGACGAGUAUUGGGCCAAACAAGGCGGGUCACCCAGCGACCCUGCGCAUUCGAAAUGGCCUCGCUUUCAACACUACCUCACAUAUCUGAAUGCUAAGAAUUCGGGGCAGGAGAAGUACAAGAUGCUCUACAUUGUCCGCCAUGGCCAAGGCGUGCACAACGUGGUGGAGGAAGAAGUUGGUCGUGACGAAUGGAAUCGAUACUGGGCAAAAGUCCCCGGUGACGGCAGCAGACGUUGGCUCGACGCAGAUCUCACGCCGCAUGGCGAGCAACAAGCAACAGACAUAUCGUCCCUCUGGGUACCAGGCGGUGUAGACCCCCCGAGAUCAAUAUACACAAGUCCGUUGCGCCGAUGCUUGCAAACUACUCAACUUGGAUUCGCGCCGCUCAUCAAGGAGAGAGUUCCCGUCAUCAAGGAGAGGUUGCGGGAGCGUCUUGGUGUGCAUACUUGCGACCAGCGCAGCUCCAAGACCUGGAUCACCAGCACUUUCCCGGAGUUCCGAAUUGAAGAUGGAUUCGCAGAGAAGGAUGAAUUGUGGAAAGCUGAGCAACGAGAGACGAUCGAUCAGCACGCGGAAAGAGCAAAGGAACUGUUGAGCGACCUCUUUGAUAACGAUGAUAACCAGACGAUUGCACUGGUGGCACACUCAGGAGCGCUCAUGGCGCUGUUCAAAGCGACGGGAUGGGGGAAGAUUCCGGUGCAAGCAGGCGCCGUGUAUCCUCUGCUAGUACGAGGGACUAGGGCGAAUUGA